CCGAGUAUUUAGGGGCUGUUUGGAUGACUACCAAUAGUUGCCUUACCAAAAUAUUGGUCACGCCCGACCCUUUUGGCCUCCACCUGGAUCACGACCAAUUUUGGCUCGCCCCAGCGCGCCCGCGCCCAUUUUCGCCAAAUCGCGGGCGAAACGGCGGCGCGGAAAUCGGCCGCCAAAAAAUUGGCAGCGCGCGAACUGGGCAUUGAGUAUAAAAGGUAGGCAGCGAAAUUUCCUCGUCGGUUCCUUCACUUUCCUCUUUUCAUCCCAGGCAAACACACAGGAGCGAGUGGAGGGCAAGAUCUGCAGCUAUCGCCAAGGCCGCCGGAUUCCUGCGACAAUACGAGCUUCUCCGGCCGCUGCCGGCGUUCCUCUGUCUCUCGUUCUCAUCUCUCAAUCCACCCACGAUGGACUUGGAUCAGCAAAAAUAUUAUUAUCUCACCAUGUUGUGGCGGAGAACUCUGUCUGUCAUUGUUCUUCUCUUGGCUCUUUGGUAUAGAAACAAAGAUGGUAGAAAAUUUAGAAGUGGAGGAAGAAAGUAUGGUCCACUAGUUGAGAGAGACAUCUACAGGACUAAUGUCCUGGUUAGGCUAAUUGACACAUCCGAUGCAAUAUGUAUCAAGCAACUGCGGAUGUCUCGAGCUGUGUUUUACAAGCUAUGCAUUAGGCUCAGGCAGAAAAAGUUGUUAAUUGAUACACUACAUGUUUCAGUAGAGGAACAAGUAGCAAUGUUCCUAUACAUGAUCGGUCAGCAUCACACAAAUUCAUCCAUUGGAUUUUGGUUCUGGCGAUCUAGUGAGACAGUGAGCAGAUAUUUCAAUAUUGUUCUUCGUGCGAUGGGGGAGUUAGCUCGUGAUCUCAUUUACAUUAGAUCAACGGACACACACACAAAAAUCACUAGCAGCCCGGACAGAUUCUACCCGUAUUUUGAGGGAUGCAUAGGGGCACUAGAUGGCACUCAUGUUAAGGCUUGUGUUCCUGCCCACAUGGUCGACAAGUUUAGGGGCCGCAAGUCAUACCCCUCCCAAAAUGUGCUAGCAGUUGUUGACUUCGACCUUCGAUUCACAUAUGUUCUAGCUGGUUGGGAGGGCUCUGCCCAUGAUUCUCUUGUGCUAAAAGAUGCCCUCACACGUCCAGGGGGAUUAAAAAUACCCGAAGGGAAAUAUUUCUUGGCUGAUGCUGGGUAUGCUGCGAGGCCAGGGAUAUUGCCUCCUUAUCGUGGUGUGCGCUACCACCUAAACGAAUUUGCUGGAGACCGUGACCCAACUACCCCAAAAGAAUUGUUCAACCACCGCCAUUCAUCACUUAGGACCACAGUUGAACGGGCAUUUGGGACUCUUAAGAGUCGCUUCAAGAUUCUUACUCAAAGGCCCUUCAUACCUUUGAAAUCUCAGAUUAAAGUGGUAGUUGCUUGUUGUGCUUUGCACAAUUGGAUAUUAGAAAAUGGUCCAGAUGAUUAUGUUGUGGAUGAGGCGACAUGGUAUGCCAAUCUCCCUAGGAGUACUGGGCGGGUUCGUGAUCAAGAGGCUGACAUACGUGAGUGGGCUGCCAAGCGAGAUUUAAUCGCUCAGCAAAUGUGGACAGAUAGAGAGAGUGCACGUGACAAUGAGGCUGAUGCUAUCCCAGCUCAGUAUCUUUGAUGUAUUUCCAUGUGAGGGAACAUUUGAAGGAUGUACUGUACCUUUGAUGUAUUUCCAUGUGAGGGAACAUUUGAAGGAUGUACUGUACCUUUGAUGUAUUUCCAUGCGAGGGAAAAAUUGAACGAUGUCAUGGGGAAGCAUAAGCUCACUCUGAAGACCGAGGAGGACUCCAAUCCUCGUGAUAAGUACAUAACCUGGACUGACGAGGCGACAAGGUUUAUGCUUGAAUGGUAUAUCGACCUUCGUAAGGACAAACCUGCAACUUUCAAGUUCAAGAAACAACACCACUUGCAAUGUGCUGAUGCUCUAAAUGGCAAGUUUUCGCUUGGUGUCACUCAAACCCAAGUGGAUCGACACUAUCGUCAAUGCAAGGAGAAGUGGGGCUGGGUGCGUCGUGCCAUGGCCAAUAGUGGAAAUGGCCUUGACAGAACCACUUUCACAUUCACACUUUCUGAGUCAGAAAAGCAAAGACUCAAUAAAACUGCAGUCAAUUAUCUUACCAGACCCAUUAGGUUCUUUCAUCAAUUGGAAGAGUUAUUCUCGGAUCAAUCUCAUGCUGAUGGCUCACUCGCAGUUGACCAAACCACUGUCAAUGUGGAUGAUGGUAGUGAUGACAGCGAGGAUGUGAGGGAACUUGAGGGAAAUCUAAUUCCAGCAGACAGUGAUGAAGCUGACUCUGACACUAUUGAUCGUCGCAGUCCUAAAGUCGACUUGGAUGGCAAUCCAUUAAACAAGAAGCGCAAGUGUGCAUCAUCAUCACCUUCCAAGAAGCCAACCAAGGGCAAAGCAAACAAGAAGGGCAAGGUAUCUAAUGAUGAUAUGGUAACCAGUAUCAAGAAGCUAGCUGAAUCCCUUGCAUCCCCUAUUGUGUCUGUGCAACCAAUGCCACCUGCAGAUCCUUAUGCAAAUCUUUGGAAGCGGAUCAAUGCCCUUACCAUCCCAGCUAAGGAUAAACUUGAGAUUGUUGCCUAUCUAUCCAAGCCAGACCAAGAUAUCUUUCGUAGUUAUCUUAACUAUGCCGAUGAAACAAUUCUUCGAGAGUGGGUCAUUAGCUACUUUGAGCCUCAGUUUCAUGAAGGUGGCAAUGAUGGAUCUGCGGCUGCUCACUGAAUUGCCACAUGGUUAGAUAGAGUUUGUGGCAACCUUUUGUUUAUAUGGCUAGGAACGCUUUAACACGUAGUGGGAGCAUGGAUAACAUCAUCAUGCAUAUUUUGUCUAUAUACAGCAAACUUGGGUGCAUCAUGUACUGUUUGUAUGGAGUGCAUUUGGUGCAUGGCUGGCUGUUUAUGUCCUAGAUGGUAUGGUAAAGGAUGUGAACCUUAUUCCGUCUAUCAUGUAUCAGACAAUAUAUGAGCUACUUAAUGUAUGAGUUUAAUUCUGAAGUUC